AUGACCAACCAAACAUCCAUGAAAGAGUUUCUACUCUUGGAGUUCUCUGAUGUCCGAGAACUGCAGAUCACAUACUUUAUUGUGUUCUUGGUUUUGUACUUGUCUGCCAUAACAGGGAAUCUUCUGAUCAUCUCAGUAGUAGCUCUUGAUCACCAUCUUCACAGCCCCAUGUACUUCUUCUUGAUGAACUUAGCUUUGACAGACCUUGGUUCUGUUUCUGUCACCAUCCCCAAAUCCAUGGCAAAUUCCCUCCUGGAUACCAGGUUGAUUUCUUAUUCUGGAUGUGUGACUCAAGUUUAUUUCUUUUUAGUCUUUGCAACAUCAGAUUUCACGCUCCUCACAGUAAUGGCACACGACCGGUAUGUUGCCAUCUGCAAUCCACUACGAUACGAAAUGAUUAUGAAUAAAGGUGCCUGCAUUCACUUGGCAGCUGGUGCAUGGAUUACUGGCAUUCUCUAUGUCAUGCUUCAUACUGGUAGCACCUUUGCCAUGACAUUCUGCUCCAACAUUGUGGACCAAUUUUUCUGUGAGGUCCUGCAGCUGGUAAAGAUCUCCUGCUCUGAUUUAUACCUCUUUGAAGAUGCACUUCUUGCCUUAAGUGUCACUGCAGCAUUCGGCUGCUUUAUCUUUGUAGUUGUUACAUAUGUACAGAUCUUCACAGCAGUGCUGAAAAUCCCCUCAUCCCAGGGAAGGCAAAAGGCUUUUUCUACUUGCCUGCCUCACCUCAUUGUUUUCUCCAUGUUCCUAUUCACUGGAGCGCUUGUCUACCUGAGACCUAUACUGCACACCUCUUCACAAACAAAUAUGGUGUUUGCUGUCAUAUAUUCGGUAGUCCCACCCAUGAUGAAUCCAGUUAUCUAUAGCAUGAGAAAUAAGGAGAUUAAGGUUGCCAUGUGCAAACUGUUGGGAUUGAAGUAG